CCACCACCACCACGCAUGCGCGUUGCCUGGCCGCGCCCACGUGACCCGCCAAGCGCCGCGCCCGCAACUGAUCCCGCAGGGCAACGCGCAGCGCGGCGGUGUGUGCGGCGCCCCUCACUGAUUGGGUACGUGGGGUCACGUGGAAGUCAGCACGCCCCUGCCCGUUAAGCUCCGAUUGGCUCGAAGAGCAACGCGCCGCGUUCGGGCCGCGGUUCCGGUCUGCGUGCCGGGCAAGUCGCAUGGCGGCCGCCACCACCCCUAAGCGCGGCCCUGCUGGGAUGCGGUAGUGCCGAGCUGCCCGCGGCUGCCGCGCAGCGUGCGAGGAAAUCUGUCUUGACCUGGAUGAAGGCAGGAAGAUACCCUCUAUUUCUUGGGUAGCUGCAUCAGUGUUGCGUGUUUCUGUACAGCAUGUUAAGUACUCAUCUUAACAGCAGCUGACAAAACAAUAAGCUGCAAACCUGCAAAGUGACUUGUCCAGGUGGAAAGAUACCCUUGUUUUGGAAGAAUGUGCGCCUAGCUUAAGAGAUCACUUUUUGUGAAAAAAUGUUUUACUUUUUUUUUGAUUAUUUGUUUUCAUAACAGGAUUAAAAGACUCAUAGGACAAGCCUUUUGAAGAAUGAGUGUAAUGUAUGCAGCUAGCCAUAAAGUUCUUAUAAUAAGCCUUCCCAUGCAAACUGUAUUUUCCAUUUUAUAACUUCUUUCAAUACAGUGAGCUAAUAGAGAGAUAAUUUCAUCUUACGAUGUUGUUCUUUUCUCAAACUGGUCAACAGGGCAUGCAGGCUUUGAUAGGGAAAUGUUGCAUAUUCUGGCCUGUUUUGAGAUACCAGCAGCUGUUUGCUGUCUCUUUCAAUAUCCCCAGUACACAAAAGGUUAGCUGUUUCAGUUUUAUGACAUCUUCCAGCACUGCAUUACCAGUGGAUUCCAAAGGAACUGAUGCUUCUCCUAACAAGAAAAGAUCUGAAAUUGAGUAUAAAGGAGGAGCAGGAUGGGAUGAGGAGAGUAAAAAAAUAUCUGAAGGAAAACUUCACUUUUCUUCCUCUGGAGCUCCAAAGAAACGAUUAGUGAGUCAAGUUCUAUCAAGGCAUAAGUUUACCAAGGUCCAGCCUCCAGAAAAACCUUUGCAGGCCGAUGAGUGGAAUAGGCUGAGGGGAAACUUUCAAUCACCUGAAAUAUUUGAAGAUGUGAUGCUUAACAGUAUGGUCAGGUGCAACAGCCCCAUAGAUGUGGCCAAGUCCUUGCUGACUUAUGUGGCAAAGAGUGAUGGUGACGUUGGAUAUAAUUUGUUGAUCAAAUACUUAGCGUUGUGUGUCCAACAACAGAAGACAGCAGAAAUCCGUGACGUGUAUGAUAUAAUGAAAAUGAGAUUCAAGAUACUAGAAAGUGGGGCUUACAACCUUCUUAUCAGGGGGCUGAGUAACUCGGAUCAGUGGAGAAUGGCCUUGACUCUUUUGGAGGAAGUAAAAAAAGUUAUGACUCCCUCAAGAACGAACUAUGAAUCCUGUAUCAAAGCAGCUAGCCGUCACCAAGAAAUGAACCUGGCAUGUGAACUUUACCAUGAGAUGCUGGCUAAGGAUUUGGUACCAACCCUGGAUGUCCUGCAGGCCUUUUUUGACUUCAGCAGGGGUAUGAAAGAUGCUGAAUUAAAAAAAGAGCUGUUUGGUAUCCUCUUAUAUUUGAGAGAGAACCAAGUGUACCCUCACAGAACAUUUAUGCGGAGUAUAAAGCUGUGGUUUGAAAGUAUUCCAGGAGAGACCUGGAGAGGACACCUGACCAACAUCAAAGACAGCGGACAGUGCCCAGUUUGUGAUCACCAGCUGGAGGAUAGUGACCUCACUGAGGAGGAGUACAAUAAUCUCAGAGAAAGAAUAAUAACAGAUGUGAUACAUGGAAGUGAUACCUUCAGAAAGACAAGUCCACAGGAAUUUGAAGCCUUUCAAACAUUUGUAGAAGAUCGCCUUCCAUUUGAUAUUGUUAUUGAUGGUCUCAAUGUUUCCCACAUAAAACCCAGAAAGAUGCAGUGUGAAAAUCUGUUUCAUGCUGUCAACUGCCUGGCAAAAGAGAAUGUCCGGUUGCUUGUGCUGGGCCGCAAACACAUGCUGAUUAACUCUUCAAAUUGGAAACAGGACAUUAUGAAGCAGAUGCAGCGUAAGGCAGACUUCUUCUUUGCUGAAAAUAUCUCUGAAGACGAUGCCUUCCUGUUAUAUGCCACUCUUAGGUCAGGCAAACAUUGCAAGUUUGUUACUAGAGACUUCCUCCGAGAUCACAAGGCUUGUCUUUCUGACAGUCUAACACGUCAUCUGUUCCGUAAGUGGCAGCGUGGACACCAAAUAGUGUUUUCUCCUGCUGCAGAAGGAAAGUAUAUAAAUUUUUUGCCUGCUUUCAAUUAUGACUGUGUGGUACAGACUACAGGUGACACAUGGCAUAUCCCUUAUAAAGACACUUUUGAGGAACGAUACUCAUAUCAAGUACCAAGAAAAUGGCUCUGCCUUCAACAGAAAUAAUGAAGAAUGCACUUGUAAAAGCUGAAGCCUCUUUUUUUCUUUUUUUUAUCGCUGUUGCUGGCUGCUCAGCAGUACAAUUACAGGAUUAAUGGGUGAAGCCUAUAGCUGACAAAAUACUCAGUAAUUGCAUUUUGUCAAAAUCGUUCCAGCAGUAAUCUGUUAACAUCGAUGGGGGUCGAGCAGGGAUGAAUUUGGUCCAUUGUUUCCAUCUUUACAGGCCAUUUCUAUAGCCUCUCAAUGUGAUUUGAAUUAAAAUUUAUUUUUCCAUCUUGGAAUUUCAGCUUGUGUUUCUUAUUUUCUUUGAUCAAGCUGUUCAUCUAUGCUGAAAAUCAUAAACUGUACUUCAAAUAAAUCAGUCAUGACUUUCAGAGUACUUGCAAAAUUGGCAUGCUGAUCUUGCAACCAUGUUGCAUGCUCUGUCCAGUAAGUGGAGCUGACUGGGCCAACUGGUAUUUACCAUUUGCCAAACAGUUCUAAUAAUGAAUAACAACAUACAUUGAGAUUUUCUUUCGGAAGAGUAAGGAAACAAUAAGAAAUCAUGUGGCUCUUUCACAGUCUUAAAUGUGCUGCUUCUGAGAGGAUUUUAUGCCCAUGGAAUAGUUUGCUUAUGUAAAUAAUGUAAAUUUUCUAAACAAAAAUUAAUCAUAGCUAGAAAUUCAUUACAGGUAAUAACAGGACAAAACUGAAUUUUGUAUAGGCAUUUCUAUAAAAUCUAUCCCAAAUUAUAAGCAAGAAAAAAUAGUAUAUAUUACAGGAAAAGCACUCUAACUUACUAUUUGUAAACAUCUCUACGGCAAACAUGCGUUUGUUUAUUCCACUUACCACUUUUAUGCAAACCCUGCUCCUCAAAAAAAUAGACAGAAAUGCCUUCUAAUCUCUGCUGAAGGAUCACCAGAUUGAUGGUAAAGUGGAGGUAAGAACAGCCUUCUCCCCUAUUUAGGAAAGCAAUUAUUUCCAGUUGUUAAAAUUGUUGUAUUUAAAAUAGCAUUUAGCGGCACCAGUCAGAAUCCAUGGCCCCACUGUGCUAACUUUUUAAAAAUAUACUCCACAGCUGAACCUCCCUUGAAGAGUUUACAGUAAUUUCUUACAGUGCCUGAAAAUUUAAUGUGUAUAAUUUGUAUCAGUUAGAAAAUGUUCUUUUUUUUCUUGAACGAAGUUUCAGGUAUGCUUUGGCUGUGGAAUCAAUACCUUGAUAUGUUGUAAAGAGCAAAUAACUUCCUCCAAAAAAUAAAUACAAUUCACUGCAUUCUCUUUAA